AUGCUCAUGAAUAAAAGGCAAGAAUUGGAAAAAAAAGUAGCAAAGGAAAAAGAACAACGUGAAAAGAAACAAGUGCGAAAUUUUCAGCAAAAUAAAGGGGGUGAUGAGCGCACUUCUGUGGUGAGUACCGAGUUCGUGACAGGUGUGGAAGAAAGUAAGGAUGUAAACGAACAAAGCAACUAUAAUGCAGCUGGUGACCAAGAUGAUGCUGUCGCGAAUUCCAAUUUCGCGAAAGACCAAAGUAUAAAAAAUUAUCUAUCCAUGCAAUCAUCACUCAUGUCUUAGAUCUUUGUUUUAAAUCGCAUCUGUUGAAAUAUUUGGAGCAAAACCACUCC